UACCUUUCCUAUGCCUUGUGUUUUUUUUUAUUCAGUUGGAUUUAUUUUUAUUUAUUGUGAUUGACUGUAUUUAGUUGUUAUAAAGUUGUGAAUAUAUUUUUGAACCGUAGCUUUAUAUAAUGGCGGUAUAUAUAACUAAAUCAAUGCUCUCUAAGUUCAACAAAGGCAAAUACCCUUCGACUUUCAGUAAUGAAGACGAUGGCAGUAACAAUAGCGAUCACUGGCAAAAACUUGUAGCUGACUGUAAGAAAAGUGUGCGCCUCGAGAAAGACAUGAUAUGCCGAAUUUGUGCCAAAGGUGGCUGUACCCCACUGACUGAAAAGGUCUUCGAUUACGACAUUAUGAGUGCCAUAAGAAGUAUCACAAAUGUCUCAGUUUCAGCUGAUGAUGCCUUGCCCAAAUACAUAUGCUCUGUAUGUCUAUACAACUUAAAGACAGCAUUAACAUUCAAAAAGAAUUGUGAGGCUUCAGACCGCAAGUUCCGAAAGAUCUUACACCCAAUGGGUGACCCGACAUUCCACUCAUAUCCGUAUUCUAAACACGACUUCCAACUUAUCCUCCAUGACAUGAAGAAGAAAAGAAUGAAGAUUGAAGAAGCGAGAAACAGGGAGUUGAAGAAACGGGAAAAGAUUUCUAUGAAGAAGGCUCCAAGGAUCAAACAGUUCAAAUGCUCACCCUGUGACAUGUCUUUUCCUGAUAAGGACAAGCUAAUGGAGCAUCGUCGUGAGCGGCAAUGCAUGCGGCGGGCUUGCGAGCUAUGCGGCCAACUCGUCCUGUCCAUCACGCAGCAUAUGCGGCAUAUUCACAAGCAGACCGUGCCGCAUAAAUGUAACACUUGCGGCAAGGAGUUCCCGAUCAUAGCGCGCCUUAAGAACCACAUGAUGGUCCACACAGACACAUUCAACUUCUUCUGCGACCUGUGUCCCUACAAAUGCAAGCACAAGUACUACCUGGUGAUGCAUAUGCGUACACAUACUGGCGAGAAACCGUAUAAGUGCACGCAGUGUCCGGCCACCUUCGUCAACCCGUCGAACCUCAACAAGCAUAAGUUGACGCACCAGGAGAAGCAAUUCAAGUGUAUGUUGUGUGAGAAGGCGUUCCGUACCAACGCGGCUCUGCGAGAGCAUCACGAAGCCGCGCAUAUGAACAUCAAGCACACCUGCAACUUCUGCGGCCGCGAGUUCUGCUACAAAUCGGAUCUUCGCAAACACGAGAUACGCAACCACAACCGCACCAAACGCGACUACAUCGGCGGCGAGCCCUCGUACAAGCAAGUCGAGCGCAUGCAGAAAAUACAGGAAAAUGCCGACGACAUGGCCCAUUGGCGGCCUGAGAUCGUGGGCCAGCCCACUAUCGUGCAGGCCACCUACAUAGACCCGGCCACAGAGCUUCAGAGCAAUCAGCAUCUGUACUUCGCUGAUGUUACUGGGAUGAUACAACAGCCUGCCAUGGUGCAACAACAAACAGUGCAGUUGGCUUUGCCUGACUUGGAAAUGAAAAAGGAUGAAGUGAAAAUAUAUGAAGCACAAGGAAUGGCAUACUACUAGUUGCUACUAGUAACAACUUUAUAUCUCGAAAUAUAUACAGCAUACAUGUAUAAUAUUUAGGCGUAGUGUAGAAAAAAUAUCCAUAUUUAACCUUUUCAUCGCCAUUUUGUUUAAUUUUAUAUUGAUUUUAAUUAAUAGGAAUGAUGUAAUGUGAGUAUUAUCUAAUUUAUGUAGUUAAUUAUAAAUUAAAAUAGAGUUUGUAUCAG